AUGUCGCAACCUCUUCGUAUCCCAAAACCCGAAACGGCGCUUCAUCUCUACCGCCAUAUCCUCCGCGAAGCGUCAUAUCUCCCCCCACUCGCCCGGCGGCCAAUCGACAAGCAAAUCAAAGACAAAUUCCGAAGAAACCAGGACCAUGAAGAUAAAACUGCGAAAUAUCUCCGCCAAGCGCACCAUGACCUUCGUGCUCUACGGGCAGCCAAUGCUGGCGACAUGGGCCGUAUGCGCCGGGUGCUACUCCGGGCGUUCGGCCGCAUUGGCCGGCGACGGCGAGAGCUAAUCUCCCAACUGGUGCAUCGCGACACACCCGCCAACACAGAAGAGCUGGAAAAGUACGCCAUCGCGAUGGCUGAUAUUGGAGCCAAGAACAACACGCCGGACUGGAUGGAUGACUGGGACCUGGACAAGCUGCGCGCCCUCGCCCGUUCUCAGGCGCAAGCCACUUUGGUCAACACCCCGAAGGCGACCGUCACUGAGAAUCAGGCCGCGCCGGAGAAGAACCUGCCCAAGGAGAAUUCCUGGGGCCGCCCGCUCCCUCUCAAGCUCGCCCGGACAAAAUUGAAGAAUCUGUGGAAAGCACUGGCGGACAAGGUCCUGCCUCCACUCCCCAUGGAGGAGUGGAAAAAGCUCGAGGCCAUCGCCAACGGAACGGUCGUGGGCGACUGGCUUCCUCCUCCUCGGCGUCAUACGCUGUCAAACCCGUCGCCGCUGUCGACAGGCAAGCCAACCGGAGGAACAAGCUUUUAA